UAAGAUAAAGAAGUGUAGAAAAAUGAAGGUUGAUGAAUUAAGUUUAGGAGAAAAGUGUCAAAAACAACUGAUAUGCCAAAUUAAGUGAAACAAGAACAUCUUUGGGAAUAAAAAAACUGACAAAUUAACAGCUCCAUAUUGGAAAUGAUACUCGUGUAUCACUCAGUGGUUGGGCUCCUCAUGGUCAACACUUGAGCGAAAAUUGAUACUAAGUCUGCUUUACAUAGAAUAAUUGAUUUUAUGCCAAAAGCAAACAUUCUUUUCUUUCAACGGAGGCGAGUAAAUUCAAGAGCGUAUUUCCAUGGAGUAUUUGACAUUUAAAUGAAAUGAAAAAAUCUUGUGGAAAACUUUCUUUCUGGAGAUCCAAAGCUCGCUCAUUUUUUAAAAUACUCAUGGUUGUAGGAUUUAUCCUUCAAAGUGCAAAAUUCCUGGAAAUGUAUCUCAAGUAUCCUUCUUUUCUGCAGUUAGAUGUAGAAGAACCACAGGAAGUGGAAUUUCCAGCAUUUACAGUCUGUAAUUUAAACGAAAUUCGUUCCACCCCUUACUGUGCGAGAUACCCUGAAAGAUGUGGAAGCGCAGAAACAACGAAAAAUUUCUGCGAAUUUCCGGAAUAUUGUCGUCUAGUUAAUGAUACCAAGAAACAGGUACCUCUUCAUCCAAUCUCACAUUAUAAUUUGUCGAGGUACGAACAACAGCUAUUCGGGCAUCAGUGGAAUGGUCUGGUGGUGGACUGUGUUAUAGAAACAGAUGGCAAUGAAGAAAAAUGCAAUGAAACUCCAAUCCUUGUUCCGGCUUUGAGUCACUCCGAAACUGUAGCGUUCAACUGUUUCAUGAUGUAUUCAUUGUACGGUCAACCUAAUGGGCAUCCAAAGCGUGUUCCCAUAUCAACAGUAAUAAGACUGCAUAUGAAUCUGGAAAUAGGAGAAUAUCAUCCAAGUCAUUUGUCACGUGGUGCGCAAAUUAGCGUCCAUUCGCCUUAUCACGUGCCGUCCCCUAUGAGUGAAGGAUGGUUGCUCAAUUUGGGAAAUAUAUAUAGGUUCUACACACGUUUGACUCGUCAGAUUUUGCUUCCUCCUCCAUAUAAAAGCAACUGUCGAGAUUAUAUGAAAGAAUGGAAAGCAAAUGGCGGAAUGGGGCCAAUGACUCAGAAAAUGUGUAAAGUGAAAUGCAAGCUGGACAAAUCACUGUACCUGUAUGGCUGUGCGGAUCCUUUUAUAGACUACCCCCAUAAUGAAACCAUCUGUGAUCAUGAAAUACCAAACUUUCAUGCAUCAGCAAGAUCAGAAUGCGCUGAGAAAUGCUCGAUGUCUUGCAGAAUUCCUGUAGAACCGCGACUGACUUGACAUGUGCUACUCUGGUUCAGAUUUUCUUAGAAAACAUGGAUACCACAACAUUCGCUUAUAAACCUCGCUUUGAGUCUGUGGGGAUUCUGAGCUGGAUCGGCGGCUACGUGGGACUAUGGCUUGGGAUUUCUCUUCUGCACGUUUAUGAUUUUUUGGAGAUGUGCCUGUUUAAACUUUUAUUUAAAAUGAGAAAAAAAUUUCAGAAGAAUCACAAAAAGAAAAAAUCGAAAAAGACAUACUAUUUGAACGAUACAUUAUACCAGAUUACUACUGCGAGAUAUAUAUGAAAUCAUAAGAACAUCAAAGAAUCGUUUACGAAUGCAAAAGCAAAUGUCAUGCCAUGCUCCACACCAUUCAUGUAUGA